CCUCGGACAGUGGUAGGGAGAGGUGUUGCGGACAAGGUUCUCCCCUGCUUUGAGUUAAACUUGUUUGAUGUAUUUUCUCACAAGUCCGUCAUUAUUCUCAGAGCGAUUUUUUUUCAGAACUUUGCUAUGAAAUGAAAAGAGUCGAUAUUUCGAAGAUGAAAUAACGAACGAAUCUCGAACUUACGAUAAUCACGAGGAUGAUUUUAAUGUUUAUAAUGACACUUAGAGGUACAUUGGUGACACGCAGGACGGGGUAGUGGCGCCAAGGACUUAAAACCAUCAUAGUGGAGGUAAACUGAGUCUGGAUUUGCAGUUAAACAGACACACUCCCUCCGCCAGGUCAAGAUGGCCAGCUCUACCUUAAGCCUCAUAUACAGCAACAGGCCCCAGCGAUUAACUCAGGUCGUGGCGACGAUGAUCGUUGCUCUAGGACCUCUGGCAACGGGUCUGGGUAAGGGCUAUUCCUCCCCCGCCCUCGCCUCCAUGCAGAUCCCACCCUCCAUCAACAACACCCAACCCCACGACUUCACCAUCACGCCCGAGCAAGGUUCCUGGAUCGCGUCUCUCUCUCUUCUGGGGGCCUUCUUCGGCGGCAUUCCAGGUGGUCUGGCCAUGAGGCUGGGCAGGAAGAGUGUGUUGGCCGUGGUGUCACUGCCUUUCGCUCUCUCGUGGCUCCUGACGGUGUUCGCCUCGAGUGUGUACAUGGUAUACGCCUCCUCCUUCAUGUGCGGCAUCUGGUCAGCUGUGGUGUCGCUCGUCACGCCCGUCUACAUCAGCGAGAUCGCCCAUCCUGAGAUCCGUGGCUGCCUGUGCUCCGUGGCUAAGCUUACCGCCAACAUCGGCAUGUUGCUCUCCUUUUUACUGGGCGUCUACCUAGACUGGCGUCAGCUUGCUAUGGUUGCCUCCAUCGCCCCAGCGCUGCUCUUUCUCGCGCUCAUGCUCAUUCCAGAGACGCCUAGUUACUUGUUGUACCGGGGACGUGAAGACGACGCAGCGACGUCCUUGUCUUGGCUGCGGGGAGGACUCGACGUCACACAGGAGCUGGAAACCAUGCGGGCCAACAUCGAAGCCAUGCGAAGGGACUCUGAUGUCUCAUGUUAUCGGGAGUGGCGUCGUGAUCUGAUCAAACCCGUUCUUAUCACCUGCGGACUUAUGGUUUUCCAGAAGUUCAGUGGAGCCAACGCCUUCAACUUCUACGCCGUCCCCAUCUUGACUGAAGCCUUCGUCGGUAUUAACCCCUACAGCGCCGCAGUGGUGGUGGGUCUUUUGCAGAUUCUCGCUGGGAUGGUGUCAUCUGUACUCAUCGACACCGUGGGCCGCCUCCCUCUACUGAUAGUGUCGAAUCUCCUGAUGUCCACAGCACUGGCGGGCUUUGGUACCUUCCUGUACGUCACGGGCAGCAACGGUGUCGACGCAGGGCCAGGGCCAGGCCUAGACUGGAUUCCCCUCACCUGUGCUCUGAUAUUCCAGGUGGCAUUUGCAUUAGGCAUAUCGCCAAUAGCAUGGAUCUAUAUCGGUGAGCUCUUCCCUCUCAAACACCGCGGCCUGGGAGCCAUCGCUAACUCUGUCAGUUACGCAUGUUCCUUCGCCAGCGUGAAGACCUUCGUCGACUUCCAGUUACUGCUGGGUCUGUACGGGGCCUUUUGGCUCUACGCUGGGAUCUCCCUCAUUGGCCUCGUCUUCACAGUAGUUUUAGUGCCCGAGACAAAAGGCCGCGGUCUACAGGAAAUGCAGAAGUACACGCCUCAGGAACGGUACACCCCUAUAUACAAUGAACAGUGCACACAGAACAGAUUGAUACCUUAACAAGUGUCCGUCACGUGUUGUAUGUAGUGGUAGUAUGUGUUAGAGAGACGCUAAGACAGAGGCAAGGUACAUGGCUCUGUGUGUGGUUGUUGGUGGAACCCGAGUGUAACAGAGUUAAGCUAAGUGUGAAGUGGUGAUAAAACACUGUGUGCGAGAGUGUGAGUUUACUGAACUUGAGACAAUGACAAGACUCAUUUGUGUGGUUGUGUGCGGAACUUCUGUGUACGAGAGCCGUGCUGGAAUAAAGGCCAGGGCUGGAUAAACUCUGUGUACUCGUAAGUCUGUGUAACUCGAGUGUACCGAAGCAACAGCCGAGAUAAAGGCCAGAACUCUGUUGUGUGUAAAGAGACGAUACUUGACGACCUAAGUCUGUUUCAUAUCUCGCUGAUGAGUGCGUGGUGUAGAGACAGUAGUGGGGUGUGUCUCUCACUAUCUCGCUGUGUGUGUGUGUGUGUGUGUUUAUAUAGAUGUUCAACUUUUAUAGACUCCUUGAGUUGCCAGAUAUCACUUUAUAUUGUAACUAGAAGAUGUCUUUCGUACUGAAAUUAUUUUAUUUUCUUAAACUUUUUUCCCUUCACGUAUCAAGUUUAGAUCUAUUAUUUCCGUUGGCAGGAGGCGAACAUAUACUGUAUAUAAUGUACCAAACAAUUGUCCAGUGAUGUGUAAGAUAGUUUUAAUUUAUUAGAGAAAACUCUACUAGUCUGUAUAUAGAAUGAUUCCUUUUUUCUAUUAUUUCUCUAAAUACUUUGUAACAACACUUAUUCUGAUAAUAAAACAAAAUACUCUUGUAGA